AUGAUUCCUACACCAUCCAUAUUUGAAGUGAAUCUGCUUUCUGAUAUUACCACUAUGAUUUUUGUCAACAAAAUUGAUAUAAUUACCAUGCUUCAAGAAGAUGAACUUUUUUUGCUCCCUUUUGCUCAGUUAAAAGAUCACAGUGUAGAUGAUGAGAGACGGCAUGAAUUGUUAUCAUUCUUCAAGGAAUUCUGUGCAUUUGCUAAGACAUUACACUCUCAAAAGAAAAAUGUAUUACUGAAAAUGAUAAAGCUAGGAAUUAUGAAUGUACUGAAAGUUUUACUGCACAUGAAUGAUUACCAAAUACAAGUAGCUUCUCUGGAAUUAUUUGCUUAUCUAGUAGAAUAUAGUCCAUGCCUAGUCCGAGCUUAUACAAUUGAAGAAGCUCAGGACAGUGAAGAUAAUGAUGGCCUUCUCAUUAAUAUAAUGAUCAAGCAAAUGAUCUGUGAUUCUGAUCCUGAAUUUUCACAAGGCAACAUUUUGACAGCAAUUCUUCAUGAACUUCUUGAUCCAGAAAAUAUGCAAGUCACAUCUAAGGGAUGUGAAAGAAAGAUAUUUCUGAAUUUCUUCUACAAACGUUGCAUGAGGAACCUUAUAGCACCAAUUUUGUCUACCACAUUAGAAAAUGACAGCAACGAUAAUAGGGUUAACAUCUGCCCUGAUAAUUAUCAAAAUGCACAAUUGCUUGGAGCAAUUUUAGAAAUACUCACAUUUUGUGUUCAAUACCACUCAAUGUACAUAAAACAUUAUAUUUUAAGCAAAAACUUACUCAGCAGUAUAUUGAUGCUAAUGAGUUCAAAGCACACUUUUCUGAUUUUGUGUGCUGUCCGUUUUAUGAGAAAGAUGAUUGGCCUUAAAGACAAAAUGUAUAGUAUUUACAUAAUUAAGGAAAAUCUGUUUGAACCAGUUGUAAAUGCUUUUAUGCAUAAUGGACAUAGGUACAAUAUGUUAAAUUCAGCUAUUAUUGAGCUAUUUGAAUUCAUAAGAAAAGAAAACAUCAAGUCUCUCAUUGUAAACAUUGUGGAAAAUUUUUUUGUGGCUUUUGAAUCAAUUGAGUAUGUCCAGACCUUUAAGGGUUUGAAAACUAAAUAUGAAAAGGAGAAGAAAAGAAAAAGUCUAAUAAGAAGGAAUUUACAUAAUUUAGUAUACCCCCAAAUGUCUUGCAGAUAUAUUAAAGUUAUGGAGGUAAAAGUCAAAGCAGACAUAUAUUGUAGAGGAAUCACAGAAGAAGAAGUACGAGGAGGAGGUGAAGAGGAAGGAGCUAUUCUACCAAUGGAAAGUGAAUUUACAAAUAAUUAUGACAUGUUUAUGAAAAAUAAAGAUACAAAUCUAAGUGAAAAUAAAAUAGAACAACCCGAAAGAAAAUCAUCUGAAGCCUAUGAAUGUUCUCCAUCUCAUGGGGAUGCUCCUGCUAAAAGAAUGAGUAGGUCACACUGUAGCAGCCUGGUUCCUUUAGUCGAUUACCCAUGUGAUACUGAUGGUGAUGAUGAUGAAGAUGAUGAUCCUUAUAAUAAUGAAAAAGAUGAAGAUAAAGGACCUCCAAAAAAAAGACCUAAUCUUAGUACAUGA